UACUACCAUUGAACUAUGUUAUGUUUUUUGUUGUUUUAGAAUUUUGUUUAAUAUAAUAUUAUAAAGUAAAAUGAAACCAUCAUCUGCAUUACAUCUACGUAUAAACAAAUCAAGAAAUCUCAGUACUAAAGCUGAUGCCAUAGUGGCCAAAAAACACAUAAAUGAUAAAAAUAAACAGUUAGAAGCUGCAAUAAAUUGGUGCAAAAAAUUUAAUGGAAGGGGACAAGCAGCAUUAAAGACAGGAUUGUUUCCCCUUAUUAAAGAUAGAGAGACAAUCAACAGGCGAUUAGAUGGAAAAGUGAUUAAUGGAAAAGAAAGAGAUUAUUGUACUAUACUUACAGAUGAUGAAGAAGCAUCUAUUGUGCGUUUUAUAAAAAAUAAGAACAGAUGUUUACAGGCAAUUAACAAACAGGACAUAACCAAAUUAAUUAUUAAUGUGCUUCGUGUGAGAGAUUACACUAAUACAAAAAUGAAAGGUGGACGGAAGUUUCAAAAGUUAUCAUUAAAUGCUCGAGCUGCUCUAGAAAAGGGAAAAUUGAGUCGAUCAUUUUGGCUUCGUUUUAAUGCUAAACAUAGCAGCCUUACAAUCAAACGCCAAGGGAGUGUCUCGAUAAACCGUGCACUUAAUUGUUCAAGAGAAAUGGCAUGUAAUCAUUUAGAUUCCCUUGCUAAAGAACUAGUAGAUGUUGGUAUUAUGAUAAAUGAAAAAAUGAUUGAAACAGGGGUUUGGAAUGGCACUGUUGAUACAUGCCGAAUAUUUAAUUGUGAUGAAACACCCCAGUUUAUUAAUAAUGGAAUUGAUGGUACCACUUCUGGAUUAUUUUAUGCUGGCAAAGGAGAUGCAUGUCAAAGAAUGUAUAGAGAAAACAGAGAAUGUGUCACAAUUCAACCAUUUGUUUCAUUUUCAGGCGACAUAUGUAUGUGUCAGGUAAUAUUUAAAUGUACUGGUAUUACUAGUUCUAUGGUUCCAACAGAAGCAGUAAAUAAAAUUCCCCAUUUGUUGGUCACAACUACAGAUAAUGGAGUAUCAACCCAUGAAUCUUUCUUGGCAGCAUUGAAAGAGUUUGAUGUCUACUUAAAUGAAAAAAAUGUUAAGCAGAUGGACAUAGCUCUAGACUAGACUUUGAUGUAUUAUCUUUUUUGGAGUCCAAAAGAAUUCAUCUCUUUCUUACUCCACCAGACACAAAAGGAGUUACUCAACUUCUUGACCAAGUAAACAAGAACAUUCAUAGUGAGUAUCGUAAGCAAAAAGACUCUAUGUUUUCUGAUA